UUCCGGGUAAAUAAAUAAACCACUAUAAAUAGAGCGCAAAUCUGUAGCAGAAGUUAUAAACUGCUUGAUACAUAUAUCUAUUUUUCAUCACAAAUAAACAGUAUCAACUUAUCUGGUUAGUGAAUUCAAUCUCCUUUUUAGUCCUUCCCAAAUUCAGAAUCAGAAGUAGAUAUGGGAGGUGAGUCUUACGAGGAGGCGAUUGCAGCUUUGUCGAAGCUUCUCAGUGAGAAAGCUGAUCUCGGAAGUGUUGCCGCUGAAAAAAUCAAGCAAAUAACAGCCGACUUAGAGGCAGCUGGCAGUUGCGACACCGACAACCGGAUCAAAACCGGUUUCCUUCAUUUCAAGUCAGAAAAAUUCGAGAAAAAUCCUGAUUUGUACGGUACACUUGCCAAAGGCCAAAGCCCCAAGUAUUUGAUAUUUGCAUGCUCGGACUCUCGAGUGUGUCCGUCCCACAUCCUGGAUUUCCAACCAGGGGAAGCUUUUAUGGUUCGAAACAUUGCCAGCAUGGUCCCGCCAUAUGACAAGUGGAUGUUGGCUCUUUGGUGGGGGCAACUUCAUCUCUUGUCACUACUCACUAGCCAUGCCAAAACUGUUUCAAGAUUGAGGAGUGAUUAUGUAAUUAAACGUGGAAACAUAACACAAUGUUUGGUUCAGGUAGAGAAUAUUGUGGUCAUUGGACACAGCAACUGUGGAGGUAUCAAAGGGCUAAUGUCUAUCCCAGAUGAUGGCACCACUGCUAGUGAUUUCAUAGAACAAUGGGUUAGCAUCUGUGGAUCUGCAAAGACCAAGGUGAAAUCAGAAAAAAACGAGAUGAGUUUCGCGGAGCAAUGCACCUACUGCGAGAAGGAAGCAGUGAAUGUAUCUUUGGGGAACCUAUUGACAUAUCCAUUUGUGAGAGAGGCAUUGGUUAAGAAAACCCUUGUCUUGAAAGGUGCACAUUAUGAUUUUGUCAAUGGAAAGUUUGAUCUUUGGAAUCUCAACUUCCGAAUCUCUCCCACCUUAGAUUUAUGAGCAUUUUUUCUUUUGCACUUUCAGCGUAUCACAUUGAAUAAAAAUCAAUUGUUGGAUCGUUAUUUUGGACUAAAAAGAAAUUGAGUUAGCCCGAGUUUGCAUGUUGCAAAA